AUGCUAAUGUAUGAGAGGCAACGCUGUGAAUUUCGUGUGGCUCUGCAAAAACGCGCAAGACGCCUGCAACAGCGGAAGGUGGACAGUCUUCAGCGCUGCAAGGAACUUUUUCAGAAACACAUUACAAAUCUGGAGGAAUUGGCAAGAAAUGUAGGCUGCACGGACGAAUCUAUCAGGGACUGCAAACCACGUCAGGUGUACCACUCGAAGGAACAAACACAGAAUGCCUUGAAGUCGAUCGCCGCCCUGACCACCGGUUUCAUGGGAGGACUCGUUGGAGCUCCAGUUGCGAACAAGGAGUCAAUAGCGAGGUUCACUUCAAACAUUCCUCCGCCACAUCCAGCCAAUCAGGUGUCGCAGUCGUCGCUAUUGGCGGGAGAUACCUGUUCAUCGGGGGCGUAUGACUCGCUGACGAGCUGUAAGGAGAUCCUCGCCUCGUUGAUCCACGAAGACGGCACAUCGAGUGCGGGGAGUCAGCACUCACUAUCAAACGCCGCGCGGAAAGAGCUCCUCGUGCGGAACCAGGCGGAGAGUCUGGUUCGCAACGUCCUCCUUCACCAGCUGAGCAACGCCCUUGAGGAGAGCGAGGCAGCCGCGCUCAGCCAGCGCCACUACAUCUCGCCCCGUCGUCGGGUGUACGACCACGAGACUGGCGACAAGAGUCUCCUUCGUGGCCUGCUGGGUGGGGCGUAUCGGAAGCAGGUCUCUUUCGAGGGACGCAGAGAACGUGGCAGGAGCCUGGAGUAA